AUGGCAUCACGUAUUCGUACAAUGCUUAGUAAAUUAUUUCAUACGCCUGAAUAUCGUGUACUAACUAUCGGCCUUGAUGCAUCAGGAAAAACAACAAUACUUUACAAAUUAAAACUCAAUGAUAUUGUUACAACGAUUCCGACCAUCGGUUUCAAUGUAGAAACAGUGACAUAUAACAAUACUUCUUUAACUAUUUGGGAUGUGGGAGGAUGUGAUAAAAUUCGUCCCUUAUUUCGACACUAUUUUCAAAAUACACAUGCUCUUAUUUUGGUAAUUGACUCAAAUGACAGAGAUCGAUUAGCAGAUGCAACAGAAGAAUUGUGGCGUGUAUUAGCGGCUGAUGAAUUAAUCUGCACACCUAUAUUAAUCUACUUAAAUAAAAUCGAUUUACCUAAUAGAAUGAAAUCCGAAUAUGUUAUUCAAGAAAUGAGACUGAAUAAUAUUAGAAACAGACAAUGGUUUUUGCAACCAUGUUGUGCUUGUACAGGUGACGGUUUAUAUGAAGGUUUAAGUUGGCUAGUACGUUCAUUGAAAUCUCCACGUACUUUGGAAUCCAUACACACAACAACGGAAUCGAAUGCUUUUACAACAACAAUUGAGAACAAUCUUGAUGAAAAUAAGUCACUAGAAUGGUUAUCUCAAUUAGAUGAUGAUACAAACGAAGACUUUGUUGAAAAAUUUGAAAAACAUCAAUUAUCAAUCGAGACAUUUGACCAUCGAACAUUAUUAAGAAUAAUAUGGGUAUAUUUAACAAUAUACGGGAGACAAAAAACAGUAAAAGUACUCUUUGAUCAUCUCAAGUUCUAUAUUAAAGAUAUGAAUGAGACAUUGAUUUAUUUCUGGAUUCAAAUCGUGCAUUAUGCAUUCGAAACAACGAAAAAUCCAACAAAUGAUUUUACUGGUUUCUUAUUGAUGAACCCUCAAUUACUAAAUGAAAUCGAACUACCGUUGAGUUAUUAUAAAAAAGAUACAUUAUUUAGUAGUCAGGCAAAAACAACCAUAGUUUUGCCAGAUGUGAAACAAUUACCAAGUAUUUUACCUGCAUCCUCCACUUCUGCUAAUAAUAUAGUCGAGAAAAACAAUGUCUUGAAACUUGAACCAUCAGUUAAUGAAUUAGAUGACGAUGAAUUUCUAAAACAAUUUGAAUCGUAUAAGUUAAAAAGUUGGUCUCACAAAACUCAUAUACGCAUGGCUUGGCUUUAUUUGAUACGUGACGGACGUCGAGCAGGAGUCAACAAAAUAUUUGAUGGUAUUAAAAAUUUCAUUCAAAAUAGUCAAAUAGCACGAAAGACAACAUUUCACUUUACAAUGACGUAUUUCUGGAUUCAAAUGAUUGAUCUAGCCAUAGCACAAAGUCCAAAACGAAUCGAUUUCGAAGAAUUUCUUCAUUUAAAUCCGCAUUUACUCAAUGGAGGUUUAUUUCUAGAAUAUUACAAAAAGGAAACAAUGUUAAAUAAUCCCAUUGCUAGACAAGAAAUGGUUCUGCCAGAUAUUAAGCCCUUGCCAACCUUCAUCACAUCAAGCAAUAAAAAGUGA